AUGGGCGACAAUCCAAGCUCGCAGAGGAGCGCGGAUGGAGGCGCUAGUAGGCCAACAGCUCGGUCCCGCAGCGUGUCGUUCCGGCGGCAGUCGACGACCGAGCGCAUCAAUGAGAUUCUCGAGAGUGGCCGCGAUCGAGCCGAUACCAUGAGUACGGACCCGGCACAAUUUAGUCGACAGCUAUCACCUCAGGCUGUAGCAGCGAGCGAGGAUGAGCCCGCGCCCGAUGAAUUGACGGGCAUUGUGUCCCGGGGGUCAGGGCAGAAUUACCAGGCGCUUUACAUGGUCGGGACGACCCGCUCCAGGCCGUCCAUCUACUCGAGACAAUCACGGCCGGCCGCAGAGGAUGGUCCCGCGGAAGACGCCCCGAAUCAGAGUCCCGAAAGCGAAAGGGAAUCCAGGUCGUGGCUGAGACGAAAGCUGGGGGCCUUGCAGUCCGUCGAGCUGGAGAAUAAAGGAAGUGUCGCACGAGACCAUCUCGCGCUAGAAAGAACAUUCCUCGCCUGGUUACGCACGUCCUUGGCGUUUGCAUCAAUCGGCGUGGCCGUCACACAACUCUUCCGGCUCAACACGACGAUAUCCGACGGCAAUGGCAACUCUGGCAGUGCUACCCUUCGACGGCUGGGCAAGCCGCUGGGCUCGGCAUUCCUCGGCAUCAGCAUCCUCACGCUGCUGCUGGGAGCUAGGAGGUACUUUCGCGGACAGGAGUGGGUGAUUAAGGGGAAAUUCCCGGCCAGUCGCGGGACGAUUAUAUUGAUUGCAUUGGUUGCGCUGGCCAUUAUGCUGGCUUCGUUGGUGGUUGUCAUUGUUAUUCAUCCAUCUGAUGAAGAGCUGUAA